CUCUCCUGCGAAACCCUAACCCUAACUCUUCCCCCCGCCCCCAAACCCUAGAAAACCCUAGAUCGCCGCCAUGCCGCCCAAGUUCGACCCCUCCCAGGUCGUCGACGUCUACGUCCGCGUCACCGGAGGCGAGGUCGGCGCCGCCUCCUCCCUCGCCCCCAAGAUCGGCCCCCUCGGGCUCUCCCCCAAGAAGAUCGGAGAGGACAUCGCCAAGGAGACCGCCAAGGACUGGAAGGGACUCCGCGUCACCGUGAAGCUCACUGUUCAGAAUCGACAGCAUUCUGGUAACAUCUCGCUUGAUGAUGUGAUUGAGAUCGCUAGGGUUAUGAGUCCGAGGUCAAUGGCAAAGGAUCUGAGUGGGACGAUUAAGGAGAUCUUAGGGACUUGUGUCUCAGUUGGGUGUACGGUUGAUGGGAAGGAUCCAAAGGAUUUGCAGCAGGAGAUUAAUGAAGGGGUUGUCGAGGUGCCGCUGGAGUGAAUUGGGUUGGAUCUGUCAGGUUACUUUUGAAUUUGAAUUAGAUUAUAAGGGAAACAAUUAUUAUGAAUGUUGAACUAUUUUUUUUGAAGGUUUUGUAGUUUGAGAUUGUUUGAUGAUUAUAUUAUCUGCUUGAAUUAUUUUAUAAU